AUCCUCCACCCCACCCCACCCCCACCCCCGCUAAUUAUCUCUUGGGGAAAAAAAGCAGAACUCCAGCCGUGGUAACAUAGGGCCGUGUCUUGCUCUAAGAAAAUCGCUUCAGGAAGAAGAUUGGUGAAUGGUUAUGAAACUGCAAAGUGGAUUCCAACAUGCUGCAGAGUCAUUCUGUAGCAUGUCUCCCAGCAGAUAAGCUAUGGAAAGCAACAAAAUACAGCUUCUUAACAGCAGAUGGUCCCAGAUAACUCCCAACAGCAGAUAUCGUAAUGAACCACUACUUCCUAUAUCAACACUGCUAAGUUUUUUUCACUAAACAACUUUUCCCCUCUGACUUGGCUAGCUCAAGGACUCAAAUAUCUAAAGACUGGAUUUUGCUGCAGUUGGGUUUACUUUCUGGAAGUGGCCACCAUGCCAAAAUACCACAUUAUAGUUGAAAUACACACAUUUGCACGCGGAAAAGAAUGCAUUAAAAUUCUGGCCAACAAUGUGUUACAAACUCGAUGUAAAGUACAGAAAAAAACAUACAGAAAGACACUGGGUAAAAACUUGAGGGUAGCUGCUAAGUGUGCUUUUGAAGCAUCAAAAAAACGAGCAAAUUCUUAGCUGAAUCAUAUUGCAGUCACACUAUUAUCGCGCCUUCAGCUGAACUACUUCAAGUGGAGAACUGGAGGAUCUUGUAAACUAAGCAAGGUUAUCUUGGGUCAACCCUGAAUAGAAAAUGUCUGUGCUAUCACAACUGCUGCCAGCAAUUCGUUAUAUAGCAUCUCAGUGAGCCCGAAGGAGAAAUAACAUAGCGGAUUGUUAGAUGCUGCUUGAUGCUCCAAACAACUUCUUUCAGGUAAGACUGUAACAAGUUCGUGACAAUUUGUUGUCCUUCAAUAUCAUGCAGUGUAUCUUAUUGAUGGAUACAGCUUUUAUACACAUUUGGAAGGAGAGAACCAGAGUAUGUCUGAGGGUGCAUGCAACUUUGCAUGGACUGCCACAGGACUCCAGCUGAGGGAAUUUUUCAGCUCUUCUUGGAGCUCUUAGUUCUGCAUCCUGUUUUUCCAACAGCUUUUUACAUCUGCAGAGAAAAUACGGGAGAAGAAAGCCCAAACUAAUGAUGUGUAGUAGCUAUCGCUGUUAGCUCCCGAUAUGGUACUCAAUACACAUUAUGAGUGCCUGUAAAAGCGCUCCACUCCCUAUAUGUCAAGACCUGGAUGAAUCCUACCAGAUUUUAGGCAUUUAAAACCACUAAUGGCAAUGGAAAUGGGCACCUCCAGUCUAUCCAAAGCCUGAAAUGCUCUUUGAGAUGACUGUAUGAGAAACUUACAGAAGAAGACUACUAUGGAUUUCCAAAGAAAGAAUAAAGCACUCUUUGUUUUCGCAGGACACGUGGCUAAAUAUUAAGCUGACUGAAUCUGGCCUCUGAAUACAUGAUAAGAACCUGAGAACUGAAUGUGAAGGAAAUGUUGUACUUCAAAUUCAGGCGAGGUAUUUUGUCCUCGUGUCCAUGUGAAUUCCCCCUGCAAACAAGUGCUUUACUGUCACCUUGAGCUUCCUGCUUCUCAUAUUUUCAUGUUGACACUUCUAUAAAUUAUAAGCACUUUGAGACAGGAACGAUUAUUUUUCACUAGUAUGCCUCUGAUAAGCCUUACCACUGCCUGUAUCAUGCUGCCAGUAACUAACAUUUCCAGCUUCAGCACUUCAUGAACCACAAGAUUCCAGACCCUGGUUCUUGGGCUGGUGGAGCCUGUUGACCUCUGUGGGCUCCUUGAGCUCUGCCGCCUGCCCUCCCUUGCCCAGGGAGGCACGGUGAGCUCCGUGCGAGCCAGACGGCUACUGCAGCACCUGCCUCCAUGCAGGUGGGCCUGGCGCUGUGACUUCUUCCAGAGGCCUCUUGCAGGAAGAGCUACACAGGCCUGGGAGCACGGACUGUAACCUCAAGUGGGCGGUCUUGUUCAUUGAAGUGCUCUUGGCUUUAGAGUUAAUAAUUCACCUCGGUUUUCAUUUUCGGUCAAGGUCUUUAUUUGCGUAGCGCCGGGUAGAUCAAACACGUUAUCUGCAACUGUUUUGAACCACUGCCCCCUAGCCCGUUGUAGUGGGUGAAACCGUGGGCAUUACGCACGUUUCUUGUAAUGGCAGCGGGCCCGCUGGGUCUCUCCCCUGACACAAGUAUCUUUCUUUUCGCCCAGCAGCAUCUAUAGUACGAGAACAAGCUCCAAAGCCGGGCAGUAGAAGGCGCUGAGGCGCCCCUGCAGCGCGGCGGCCGCGGCACCUCAGGGGUUAACUGCGGCACCGCCACGCCAACAUGGCGCCGCCCGCCUUCGCCCCCGCCCCGCGCGCUGGGCAGUCGCGCGGCGGCCGUGGCGCGCCGCUGUCGCGCGGUUAUGAGUCACCGCCAGGGGCGCGGCGCGGCGCGCGGCUCGGGGGCGGCGGGCGCGGGCCGGGCGGCGCUGCUGCUGGCGGCGAACAUGGCCGGCGUUCCCGACGCCGCUGCCUCCGCCGCCGCGCCGGGCAGCGGCGGGGAUGGGCGGCGCGGCGGCGGCCCGGAGCAGCACGAUAGCGGCCGGGGUGAGCCGAAAACUCUCUGGGGGAACAGCGAGCUGUGGCCGCCCGCCGCCGGCCCGGGGCAGCCGUCUCCGCAGCAGCGAGCGGAGACGCUGGGCUUCUGCGAGAGCGACCGGGGCAGGAAGAAGAAGCGGAGCCUUUCGGAUCUUUCAUUGCUGAGAUUCAUCAGUGCUGAGCUAACAAGAGGCUACUUCCUUGAACACAAUGAAGCAAAAUACACAGAGCGGAGAGAAAGAGUAUACACGUGCAUGCGGAUACCAAAAGAACUGGAAAAGUUGAUGUUUUUUGGAAUCUUUUUGUGCCUGGAUGCUUUUCUGUAUAUAUUCACCCUCCUUCCUUUGAGAGUUUUUCUGGCAAUGUUCCGGUUCAUCACUUUGCCUUGCUAUGGCUUACGCUUUCAUCGGGGCGUAACAGCAAGUGAUAGACGUUUGCUACAACCUGCUCAGGUAUGUGACAUUCUCAAAGGAGUUAUAUUGGUCAUCUGCUACUUCAUGAUGCACUAUGUUGACUACUCUAUGAUGUAUCAUCUGAUAAGGGGACAGUCUGUCAUAAAGCUCUACAUCAUCUAUAACAUGCUGGAGGUGGCUGAUCGUCUGUUUUCUUCAUUUGGACAAGAUAUUUUGGAUGCUCUUUAUUGGACAGCUACAGAACCUAAGGAAAGAAAAAGAGCUCACAUAGGUGUGAUUCCUCACUUCUUCAUGGCAGUGCUGUAUGUCUUCCUGCAUGCUAUUCUUAUAAUGGUUCAAGCAACAACCCUUAAUGUGGCCUUCAACUCCCACAACAAAUCACUGCUUACCAUCAUGAUGUCCAAUAAUUUCGUUGAAAUAAAAGGAAGUGUUUUCAAGAAGUUUGAGAAGAACAAUCUUUUUCAGAUGUCAAAUAGCGAUAUAAAGGAGAGGUUCACCAAUUAUGUGCUGCUGUUAAUUGUAUGUCUAAGAAAUAUGGAACAGUUCUCAUGGAAUCCAGAUCAUCUUUGGGUGUUAUUCCCAGAUGUUUGCAUGGUGGUUGCUUCAGAAAUUGCAGUGGAUAUUGUGAAACAUGCCUUUAUAACAAAGUUCAACGACAUCACAGCUGAUGUCUACAGUGAAUACAGAGCCAGCCUUGCAUUUGACCUUGUUAGCAGUCGACAGAAAAAUGCAUAUACAGAUUAUAGUGAUUCGGUUUCCAGAAGGAUGGGUUUCAUUCCUCUUCCACUGGCUGUUUUACUCAUGAGAGUCGUAACAAGCUCAAUAAAAGUACAGGGAGUCUUAGCUUAUGUUUGUGUUGUGCUGUUCUACUGUGGGUUAAUAUCGCUGAAAGUCCUUAACAGUAUUGUAUUGCUGGGGAAAUCAUGUCAAUAUGUAAAGGAGGCAAAAAUGGAGGAGAAAUUAUUCAAUCCUGUCCUGACUGCCACCCCAGGGAAGCCAGCUGGCAAACAGCAGAGCACAUUUAAAUCUACCCAAGGAAUUUCCACAGAUGAAAAUGGAUCUACAUCAGUCACCAGUCAACCUGUGCACCAGGAGAACUCACCGUCUUUACUUGUAACAAGCAAUUCUGAUCAAUUUCUGACAACUCCUGAUGGAGAAGAAAAAGAUAUAAGCCAAGACAGUUCAGAAUUAAAACACAGGUCUGCAAAGAAAGACUUGCUGGAGAUAGACAGGUUUACUAUUUGUGGAAACAGAAUUGACUAAGAUUUUUUUAUUUUAAUCAAUGUGCUAAGGAUACUGAGCUGUUGGGACAGCAGAUGCUACCAGAAUGGACAGUUGCCAAAAAAGGCACAUAAAUAUUUAUUUAAAAACUUAAAUUAUUAAUGGCAAAAAAUAUUAAUUUCUUUCUACAAGUAACUUGGCUUGGUAUCUGGUCAGGUCAAGUAAGUGAUCUUUAACUUGCCUCUUGGAAAAUGUGCUGGAUCGUGAGUCUCUAGCCUGGUGGCAGAGCUGCAGUAUCACUUUUCUGGAAAGUAGACUGGGAAAAAAGCAUAAGCCUGUUCUGCGUUAUGAAACCGUGCUUCCAGAACAUACUACUUUCAUGAAGGUUCCUCCAGUGUAAGGAUAUUCCUGGAAAUGUAUGCAACUUGAGCGGGAGCUUGCCUUUCCAGUUACCUUGUUUUAUUAAACAUCUGCAAGCAGAAUCCAAAAUUUGUGCUUAUAUCAACAAACGCAUAAAACAUUGGUACAUAAAACAGUAAGUCAAGAUAGUUACUCCUGUCAACAGAAAUCUUUUCAAGAUGUAUCUUGAAAAUCUUGUAAUCAGAAUAAAAUUUUGCCUUUAAAUGAAAGACUUACUGCAUACUAUUUUGUCCAAAUACUGAACAUCAAGGAAAGAUCACAGUAAUGAAGGUUCUGCUUAACUGGGCAAAUAUGAAGCAUAUUCAUUUCUUGUGUUGUGUGUCCUGCAAGGCAAAUUAUUUAACAAAUUAUUUUUAAAAGCUGAGGAUUUUUUUGUUGCUGUAGGAAAAAAUAAUAAAGGGGCACUUGUAUAUUUUGAGGAAAGGCAGUGUUAAUUGCAGCAAGUGUUGUGUUGGAACUCUAUGUAUGGCAUUAACACAGCAGAAAAGAAUAUUACACUGCAUUUUGGGUUUAACUCUGAUAAGAGUGACAUCUGUGUAUUAACAUGCCUGAGAACAUGCUAUAAAAGCUCAUACUGACAAUCAGAUCAAAAUGAUCCAUUGUAAUUGAUUGGGUUUAGCCACACUUAAGUAGAUAGACUAGAUCUAUAAAAAGCUUUUAAGCAUUACAAUGCAUCUAAAUUUCUGGUGUGAAAUGCAGUUGUGGGAGAAUUGAUGAAAGAUGGUUUAGAAUCCUCAGACCAAGAAUGGAAUGAAUUUCAGCUCAAAAUUUAGGCUGGAGACUUGUAUCAGAAGACACCCUGUAGUUAAUGAUAAAUUGUUGUAAACCACAGCAUUAAUUUCAAAUGCCUUUCAGCUAUUUAAGUAAGCACUAGUUUCACUUUCCAAGGGAAAGUAUCAUAAAAGUACUUCAGUGCAGAACAAAUUAAGACAAAAUUUGCUCUUUGCUGAUUUCAUGAUUUGUCAAGAGUGAGAAAGCCAAAGUUUAUUUGCUUUAUGGACAUGUGAAAAUUUAAUGUAUAUGCUAAUCCCUGAAACUUGCAGGACUACAGUAAUAUAACAAAUGGAGACAGCUGGACAGAGUUAUCAUGUACCUGAGCAGACUCCAUAAUGAGAUUUGCCAUCCAGGUUAGCAUGCUCUGCUCUGGUGGGAGCUUCUUGCUGCAGUCUUUCAGCCUCUCCUUUCCCAUCAAGAGUAGCUGGAGGAACGGCCAAAAAUCUGUGGUUACUGUUCAGGGAUGAGAGUAAGAAGAAGAGGACUUGUGCAGGGGAAAAAUCUGAAACUCUAACUUUUGAUGUAUUUUAUACUAAUUGGAGAUGUUCAAACAUUGAAAUUCAGAUUAUCUGUCAAUUUGGUGUAUCUUAUUUUUGAAUUAUUUAGCAGUUGCUAAAGAAAGCUUGGAAUUGCUUUCAUUUUUUUUUUUUUCUGUUGAAUGACAUUCUGUAUCAAUUUUAUAUGUGCAUCUUGUGUGAAACUCAAUAAAAUUCAAUUUUGUAAUAUUUGUUUAAAAAAGGA